AUGAAUCAAACAGCAGAGCAGGCAUACUUCAUGGAGCAGGCGUUUGAGAUGGCACAAAAAGCGCUCGAUACAGGAGAAACCCCUGUAGGCUGCGUGUUGGUUUACAAGAAUAAAAUAGUUGGCCGCGGAAUGAACGACACCAACAGAUCUAUGAACGGGACCAGACACGCCGAAUUCCUUGCAAUCCAGGAGAUGCUCCGCACUUACCCAAAACAAGCACUCCGGUCGACAGACCUUUACGUGACAGUCGAGCCCUGCGUCAUGUGCGCGGCCGCCCUUCGCCAGUAUCAGAUACGACAGGUGUAUUAUGGCUGUGGAAAUGAGAGGUUUGGGGGAACUGGAAGCAUCCUGUCCUUGCAUUCUGAUUUCGCGAUCGACCCGCCUUAUCCUGUUCACGGGGGGCUCCAGCGAAAAGAGGCAAUCAUGCUCUUAAGACGUUUCUACAUACAGGAAAACGAAAAGGCCCCCAAGCCUCGACCUAAAAAGCAUCGGGAGCUGAACACCAGGUUCGACGAUGAUGCUCAGAUUGACCCUACGGGAGGAAAGUUGCAGAACCGAUCGAGCGACUGA